GGCCGUGUUUGACCGCGUUCGACUUUAUUUACAUACUUCCCUUGCACACCCGAGAUCAUUAAGCUUUUCGAAAUUUUACAGAACAAAGUGAUGGAGAUUAAUCAGCCUUCUACCUCCACUAUCUACUUCGAUGUCAACAACAAGUUUCAUGUGUUUCUCAGCUUUCGCGGACAAGAUGUCAGAUAUACUAUCAUCGACCAUGUUUACGAAGCUCUCUCUUCAGCCGGACUCAGGGUUUUCCUUGACAGCGAAGAACUGGAGAAGGGCAAAGACAUCGAUUCCAGCUUGCAAACAGCCAUUGAAACAAGUGAUAUUCUUAUCCCUGUAUUUUCCAAAGGCUAUGCGGAAUCAACUUGGUGUCUGAAGGAGGCGACGCGAAUGUGCAGAUCCAAUGGCUGCAUCAUUCCCCUGUUUUAUGAUGUGAAGCCCUGCGAUGUUCGCUACCCUCAAAGAAAUGGAGGUGCAUUCGCCGGGGCAUUCAAAAAUCAUUACAGCCAUUUAGAUCGACAGGAUGAAAAUACAAUUGAGGAUUGGAAGAGAGCUCUUCAUCAAAUCUCUUGUGUCUCUGGUUGGUCCCUCGAAGCAGAAUUCGGUCAUGAAGCGAGACUCGUCAAAGCAGUUGUGAAAGGCGUGUUGGAUAUCUUGAAGAGCAGGGUUCCUCUAGAUGUUCCUGCGCAUCUUGUGGGACUCGAAAUGGCUAUGCGUCAAGUAACAAACAGUUUACAUCUGAAUUUGACGGACAUACGUUUGGUGAGAGCGGGAAUCAGCGGCAUAGGUGGUGUUGGGAAAACGACCUUGGCCAAGACCAUUUACAACGAAAUAUAUCGUAGAUUUGAUGCUUGUUGCUUUCUCUUCAACAUAGGAGCUAGUGCACGGAACAACAUGACACUAAUGGAUCUGCAGGGAAUAAUUUUAAGGAGGUUGGUAAAUUACCAAGGAGAAGUGUCAAGUGUUGAUGAAGGAAGAUCUCUGAUGAAAGAUCGGUUGCGGGGAGUUCGGGCUCUUGUGAUUUUGGAUGAUGUAAAUGAUAGAGAGCAGCUGCAUGCGGUGUAUGGGGAUUGGUUUGGGCAUGGUAGCAGACUCAUCAUUACUUCCCGAGAUCAACACAUACUCAAUCUUGCGAAGGUCGACUCAGUUUUUGAAAUGAGUGGACUAGAUCAGGAUGAAGCUCUCGAGUUAUUCAGUUGGCAUGCUUUCUCAAGCGCACUCCCGGAGGUCCCUUACAAAGAGCUUUCUGCAAUAGUUGCGAGAGCCUGCCGAGGGCUUCCUCUUGCAUUAGAAAUCAUUGGAUCACAUUUGUUUGAUAAGAAGGAGCCCAAAGACAUCCGAUGUUGGGAGAAAGCUGUCUGUAACAUUGGGGAAAAGCCAGACGUAUAUAGAAUCCUUCAAACCAGUUAUGAUGGACAUAGCCAUGUCGAAAGGGAAAUAUUUCUAAAUAUAGCUUGCUGCUUUAUUGGUGAAAGGAAAAGUGACGCUGAUCUUUCCUGGGAAGUUUUAUGCCCAAAUAAAGCUCAAACGUCCAUCAAGAAAAUAAAAAAUGAAAAGAAAAGAAAGAAAUUUUCGUUGAAAAUGCCUAUACAAAUAAGUGGCCGGUUGUUUGCAUUUGCUAAGUCAGAGCACGGUCCCCCUGCCUGGCUGCCUCUACCCAGAAAAGUUUCCAAUGCACCUUCAAGCCUGGUCCUGUUCUUUACAUUUGCUAAGAUACGAAAGGCUACGAAUAAUUUUGACGAACGUUUGCUCAUCGGUGUGGGUGGUUUUGGUAAGGUUUACAAGGGUGAACUUGAAGAUGGUACCAAAGUUGCAGUUAAACGAGGCAACUACAAAUCAGGGCAAGGCCUUACAGAGUUCCAAACAGAAAUUGAGAUUUUGUCCAAGCUUCGACAUCGUCAUCUUGUAUCUCUGAUUGGGUAUUGUGAGGAGCGUUGUGAAAUGAUUCUGGUCUAUGAGUUCAUGGCCAAUGGGCCCCUGAGGAGUCAUCUGUAUGGGAUGGUUCUUCCACAUCUAUCUUGGAAGCAGAGGCUUGAAAUAUGCAUAGGGGUUGCAAAAGUGCUCCAUUACCUUCACACAGGAGCACCACAGGCAAUUAUUCACCGUGAUGUGAAGACUACAAAUAUAUUGCUCGAUGAGAAUCUUGUGCCUAAACUGGCAGAUUUGGGUUUGGCAAAAACUGGACCUGCAUUGGAUCAGACUCAUGUCAGCACUGCAGUGAAAGGAACUUUUGGUUAUCUGGAUCCCGAGUACUCUCUACGGCAGCAACUCACUGAGAAGUCCGAUGUGUAUUCAUUUGGAGUAGUACUAAUGGAGGUAUUGUGUGCAAGACCUGCAAUUAACCUUGGUCUUCCAAGAGAGCAGAUUAGCAUUGCAGCGUGGGCAAUGCAUUGGCAAAAAAGAGGAAUGCUUGAUCAGAUUAUUGAUCCCCAUCUUGUUGGCACCAUCAAUCCCGAGUCUUUAAGGAAGUUUGGAGAAACAGCAGAAAAGAGUUUGGCAGAUCAGGGUAUUGAUAGGCCUGCGAUGGGAGAUGUGCUACGUAAUUUAGAGUACGCCCUGCAGCUCCAAGAGACUUCAAUGCAAAAUGAUCCAGAUGAAAUUAGUACCAAUCGCAUUGGACAUGUUCCCUUCUCUUUUCUGACCCAGAGGCUUGCGAUAUGCAUCCUCAAAAAAGAGGAAUGCUUGACCAGAUUAUUGAUCCCCAUCUUGUUGGCACAAUCAAUCCUGAAUCUUUACGGAAGUUCGAAGAAUCAGCAGAAAAGUGUUUGGAAGGGCAGGCUAUUGAUAGGCCUGCGAUGGGGGAUGUGCUAUGUAACUUAGAGUAUACCCUGCAGCUACAAGAGGCUUCAAUGCAAAAUGAUCAAGAAGAAAACAGUACUAAUCACUUUGGACAUGUUCCCCUUAACUUUUCUCAUCCAGAGCCUUGCGAUAAUAUUAUCGUUGACAGGGACAGUGAGAGGGAAACUCUGUUGCCAGAAACGGGAGGUGAGUUUCCCACCAUGUCGCAUUUUAACGACCAAAACGUGUUUCCUGUCGCGGACGUCCGUUUCCAGCAGUCCAAAACGUUUCGAACACGUUUUCAGUCACAGAAGCCCGUGAACUGCUGGUUCUUGGGUCUGCUGUUAUUGUUUGUGACGGGGCCUUUUAUCCUUCUGUCUAAGAGUCUCCCAGCCAUCAUGGGUCUGCUGUUAUUGUUUGUGACGGGUCUUUUUAUCCUUCUUUCUAAGAGGCUUCCAGCAAUCACGAUGCAUUAUGAUAUCGAUGGUUGGACAUUACAAUUGAGGUUUUGAUUUGUCAUCAAUGAAAAAACUGUUGUUAUGUUGUUA